GAGCUAAUUGCGCAUCUAGUUCUCGUAGAAAUCGAAACCCCCAUAGCUCUGGCACGAGGGAAAAACGAGGAAAGAAGGCGACUCAUCCGGGAACGGGCAGGUUUUAGGUGUUGCGUGUGAUGUUCGGGGGCCGAAUUGUGUAGCGCCCCCGCUUGCUUGGAAACUGGGAGUAUUAUCUCGCGGAUAUACACGCAAGUCGAGGUGAAUAGUACUACGAUGUCGUCCUCGAGCUACCAGACGAUGCCCCGGCAUCGCAAUGCCUCCACCAGCUCGGCCGGGCGCUCUUCAAGAAAAGGAAAGGUUCCCGCCGAGCCGAGAGACUUCACAUCGCCGACUACUUUGGUCAGAUACUUUGAGCCGACAGCAGCAACAGCCUCAAUGUUGCUGUAUGGACAGGGUAGCUCAGUAGUCGUAGCGCAUCACGACAGCCUGACGAUCGAGAGGCGCUUCUCACGCCAUUCCGCAGAAAUUCAUCUCCUGGCCGUGGACACGCAAAGCGAGAUUGGAGCGGGACGAUUGGUAGUGAGUUACGAUGCGGACAUGACCGCAAUCGUUUGGGACUUAAUGACAGGUGACGAAGUGGCUCGUUUUGCUUCGUAUGAAACUCUUACGUGCGCAGCUUGGAUGCGGAACGGAAACGUCGCAUUCGGCAACACGCAAGGAAACGUCAUUCUUUUUGAACCGACUACGUCUGAACAUAUUUCCGCACGAACCAUUGACCAAAUACCAAUAACAGGUCUUGCUCCUGCGGCUGAUUGUAGGACCUUUGCUAUUGGAUAUCAAAAUGGUUCCCUCCUUAUUGCUACCCUCCAGCCACGAUUUACGAUCCUGCAUAAUUUGAGCACGUCGAGAGCACCGUCGCCAAUCGUAAACCUGGCCUGGCAUGCCUCGUCUUCUCGGCAGAAGUCGGACAUGCUGGCUGUGCAGACCAACGAUGGCGACCUCAGGGUUUGGAGCGUGGCGAAGUCGUUCAACAGCGACGAUCCUGCAAAGGUGGUCAGGAUCUUAAAACGCACGGAGAAUUACCAGAACGGACCCAACUGGAUGGGCUGGUCUAAGAAUGGUCGCAUUAUCCAGUAUUCUGAAGGGGAGACCCUCUCGUGGGAUGUUCGAACAAAACAUGUCACUAAGGACAGCAUCCCGACUCUGGAGCAUGUCCGCGGCCUCGCCGUGUAUGGGCCGGCCGCGACCCUGUUCACGCUUGGUGCCAAUAACACCGUCCAACAGUUCGACUUGAACACGCCAUCUAUGAUGGUUGCUAACGUCCAGCAUCCGGCAAAUCUUUUGCCACCGUCUCCUCCAGUCUCGAUCGAGGAGCAGCCCGAGCAGGGUGUCGUUAUCAUCGGUACAUCUGAGUCGGACUCGUCGAUCCCUAUCAACCCUGAAAUAUCCGAAAGUGACGAUGAUCACAUGUCGCCAUUUGCGAGGCUCACUCGCGGGGCCGACUCGACCACUGACCCGACUGAACAGGAGAGGUACAUGACGCAAAGCCCGGUUUCUUCGAGGAGCCAGUCGACUAUUUCUAAGUCGUCCAAUGGCUCCGGCACACGAGGUCGAUAUCCAGCUUCGGUCAUGUCACGUGGAAUGACUGAGAAUACUUACAUCUCUGCUGGCUCAUCCCUUAGGUCUUCGGCGAUGCCGCCAUAUGGGGACAAGGAUGCUUACUCGAUCAGCAGCAUCAGCUCCACUUCGAUAACUUCGUCUUCGCGUUCCCAUCGCCGGCCGUCGCGGCUAAGGAACGAAGUUCUGCCCAGCCCCGAGGAGUCCAAGGUUCAUGACCUAUUCAAGUUUACGAGGAGCCGUCUUCAUGACAUCCCAUACAAGCACGUUCCUCUGGCUGACCAAUCCCGCCUUACUAAUGAUGAUCUUCGUCGACAGAUGCUUAGCAUUAUAUUUGGGUGGAAUGGUGAGAUUGAAGACCUGAUUCGCGAUGAGAUGUCACGACAUCCUCUAGGCUCACCGGGCCGUAUCCUUCUCUCAAAAUGGCUCGGCGAUAUCGACGCGGAUGUGAUGACAGCCACUUCGGAGAACAUGACUUCCUCGGACUGGAUGUUGCUCGCUCUAAGCGGAAUUGGCGGUCAAGCCUCUCAGCAUAAGCUUGGACGUGCGUAUGUGCAGCGUCUCUUGGAGAACGGCGAUGUGCACGCGGCAGCAACCAUUAUGAUUGGAAUGGGAGAUCAGAACGAUGCUAUCGAGAUUUACGUAUCGCACAAGAAGUACAUGGAAGCUCUCAUUUUGCUUUGCCUCUUCUUCCCCGGCGUGUGGGAGCGACAAUCCCAGAUCAUCAAGAAAUGGGGAGAAUUUGCUAUCCAGCAUGGCCAACAGCAGCUGGCAAUCCGAUGCUUCGCUUGCACAGGCGUGGAGUCCACUGAGCCAUGGACGUCGCCAUCUGCCUCGCAGCUAACUUUCCAAUCCAUGAACCCAAGCAUUCCAGAGGUCCUGAGCCCGCCCCUAUCUCCUCCAGGCUUGAACCGUGGACCACAGCGUAGCAUUGCAAAGACCUCAGCACUCAAGCUUAUCACCUCCUUUGGCGACCAAGGAAAGAAGUCGAAAUUCUUCGCGAGUGGUGGCGACGGAGGCCAGACUCCUAUUGCUGCGGGUGUCACGCCGAUAGCUGAGUCCGCCGUUUCUCCUGGUGUGCAUGAUCCCAACACCGCCUUCCUCCGUCCCUCGCAGCGAAGCGCCUUCAACACCCCUGCCACUGCGAAGCCGACUACUCCUGGUGGAUUCGGACGACAGCGUCUUCCCUCGAUAGGAGAGAUCCCGCAUGAUGCUCUUCCACGCAACCUGAAGAGUGGAGAUCUGCCAACUCCCCCAAGCGACCAGGUUCCUGAAAUGAUCCAGGCUCAACGUGCUCACCAUGCUCACAAGACCUCUACUGACGAACGGUAUGAUACUGGUCUAUCCGUACCAAGGGCUUCGACAGCAAGCCCUAUGAUGAUGAAGGAUAGCCACCGACGUAGAGAUGCGCCUCCACCGUCGCCAUCCCCGCAGUCCCUCGCUGCACUAAUGCAACAGGGCCGUUCGAGCCGCAAUGGAGCUCGAGAGCGUAAGCCCGAAGGCAUGGAAUUGAGGAUCCACUCCAUCGAAGCCGCCAUGAGCGAUGUAACCUCUCCAGAACAAUCCGUGGCGUCGUCUACUCGUUUCCAUUGGCCAAGCCGUCGUCGCGGACCGGGUUCGAUCGCGGGUUCCGUCACCUCAAACUCCAGCGCAGGCCGAAGCUACCGGACCAACCAGACGGGCCACGGAGGCCGCGGCUUGAACGAGUACAUCCACAGCUUGGACACCGCGUCUCAUUACUCCAAGAAGCAACGAAGCCGCGAGAGCAGCCGCCAUCGUGAGGACAAGCACGGCCGAAGCCGUGAGAGUAGCCGUAACCGCCAAGGUGGUGCGCGUGAGAGCUCGGAGGACAGAGGUAGGGGUAUCUCCCGAAACUGGACACCCAAGCCAGCUAAGCGUUCUCCCACUUCCCCCGUGCCCAUGUCUCCCGAAGAUCUCAUCAACCUGAGCACACCGGGACGCAACGAAACUGGAUCCAACGAAGAAUUCGAGUCCGGUGAGCCUGCUACUGUUCGCAAGUCCAGCCAAGUCAGACGAACCUCGCCUCGGAGCACCCGCAUGUCUAGCCGUGCCUCGAGCCGCACCGGUCGCCAAAGGAGCUUGGAGCGGAGGCCUCCGGCGCUGACCUUAGAGCCUCGUGGCAGAAGCAAGAGCCGCGGUGACGGUUCCCUGAUGAGGUCUCCUUCAUCGCCAUUGCCAAUGUCGGCCCCUAUGAAGUUCUACGGGUCGGACGACGAGGAGGACUACCGAGCUGCCCUAGAAGCGCAGGAACAGUUCAGGAACAGGCACAACCGCAGCGGCAGCCAGAAGGACCCCUCUUCUCCCGCCGUCUCCCGAGCCCGGGACCGGUCGCAGAGCCGUAGAAGGAACAAGACGCCGGCAGAUCAAGAGCAGGAGCCCCUACCCCCGGCUCCGCCAGUGCCCAAGCAGCAGGUGCAGCUACAGCUACAAAUCCAACAGCCGCAGCAGCAAGCAAGCGCACCCCGAGCCGGAGAUCUCAAGUUGAUCUCGGCCGAGAGACAGCGGAAGAAGGAGCAGGCAGCCCGCGAACUAGAGGAACGCCGCAAGUCUCUCGCGCGUCGUCCCUCAGCACCGCCGAUUCCUCACCCGGAUGAGCUGUCCCCGAUCGUGUCUCGCCCGCCGAGCGCGUUCGAGCUGCCUCAGACGACCUUCGUGCCUCCGAAGGACGUUCCCGCCAGGAGCCACACCGCGGACCCUCACAGGAGCUCGCACACGCGCAGCGGAACCGUUCCCAUGAUCGGCCUCCCAGCAACGCCCAAGGCCAUGCGUCUUCAGUUCCAUUCCCACAAGCUCGACGUCCCGGCGAUCCCAGCCGCUUACAAGUCAUCGUCCGGGUCUUCGGGACAGCCGUCGCCCGACCGACCAAUCACCGGCAACAGCUCGCCUACCAAGUCGCCCAAGAAAUCGCCAGGAAAGGCGCCCGAGAAGGAGUCGUCGCCGCCCCUGACCCUCCUCCCUUCGACCGUCUACUCGCCUCCCGCGCGCCCCAACAUCCCGCGGUGCAUGUCCGCCCCUAUCCCCGAGGAGCACCCGCCUCACGUCUCGCACUCGGCUCACCAGGGGAUGCAGGCCAACAACCAACCACCUCGACGGGGGUCCAUUUCGGCGAGGAAGAUGAGCGGUGACGCCAGCGCGGGAUUGCCCGGUAUCCAGGAGACCUUGGGAGCCGGUAGACACGCGAGGAGACCUUCGCGAGACGACCAGAUCCCGCCCCCGCCUCCGCCACCUCCGGUCCUGAAGGAAUUGCAGCAUCUGGCUACUCCUCCCCCGCCGCCUCCCGCGCCUCUCCCUGGCGCUAGGUCCAACGUGUACACGCAGCCGUCGGGCUCCGGAACCAUCGAGAUCGUGAUGGACGAGGAGGAGCAGUCCGCAGUGCCGGCCCCGCUCACGAUCCCCGAGCAGCCGCCCAUGCAGACCUCCAGUCCACCUGUCGUAUCUCCCGUCCGCGGCCACAGCCGCGGCGCAAGCUUCACCGACAACAGCCUCGCGGGGCGAAUCGGCCGCGUGACCGAGAAGAUGCGGUCCGCGAGCCGCGGGCGAACGAGCUCCAUCCUCGGCAACAGGACCAAGUCGCCCGACACCGCCAACAUCCCGUACGAGAGCGUCCCGCCGCCGGUGAGCAUGCACAACAACGGGUUCACGUCGCCCGUGAGCCAGCAGUCCGUCGAGCGCCACCCCCGCGAGGUCCGCGCCGCUUACCAGGAGCGCGAGUUCGGCAGCGGUCUGCACGCGAGCGAGAUGAUCUAACGCAGUACCGUCUUGAUCUCUACCUACCUAUUAUUCACUCUCCCAUCAAUCCACCACCAAUUUGCAUUACCCUACUCAACCCUAUCCUACCAGACAGGCCUUGCCUUGUUGCUUG